AUGAAGCAAUUUGGUGGUAUCCCUCUUCUUCUAUUCUUCGUAAAUUUAUACAUUCACCAAAAUAAUGUUGUGAGCAAGGAAAUUGUUAAUUUGAAAAAUCCCAACUUGAGGAACAGCUGGGAAGGUAAAAACAUCACCCUGCAGGAUGAACAGAACUAUCUAGACCCAGAAGACGGUGAUGAAGUGAAGAGAAAUAAAGAUCAGAGCGAAUUGUUACAUAAAUCAGAAGCACAGAUGCAGACACAGGGACAAGAUACGCCAAAUACAUCAUCAAUUGAGAAAGAAAAUAUACAAAAGCAAAUUGAAAAAGCUAAAGAAGCAAAAGAAGAAGCUCUAAAGCAACAAAAAGAAGCAGAAGCUACUGUGAAAGAAAUAGUAGAAGCAUUAAAUAAAGUAGAAGAAACAGAAGAAAAAAUAAAAAAUGGAGUGCAGAAAGCAAAAGAAUUAGCAGAAAAAGCAACACAAGCAGCAAUACAGAAGGCAACGGAAGCAAAAAAAGCAGUAGAGGAAGCAGAAAAAGUACAAACAAACAGUAUGGCAAAUUUCCUCGCAGGUAAAGCUGUAACGGCAAAAGAUGGUGCAAAGGCAGCAAAUGAAGAGGCUAAGGAAGCAGCUAAAAUAGCAAAGCAUGUUAUAAAUGCAUAUGAAGCGAAAAAGGGAGCAGAGAAAGCACAAAAAUUAGCAGAAGCUGAAAUGAAAAAAAUAGUAGAAACACUAGAUAAAAUAGAAGAAGCAGAGGAAAAAAUAAAAGAUGCAGUGAAGAAAGCAAAAGAAUUAGCAGAGAAAGCAACAAAAACAGCAAUACAAAAGGCAACCAUAGCAAAAAAAGCAGCAGAGGAAGUAGCAAAGGUAGAGACACCUUAUAUAACGAGUUUACACGCACGUUUUGCCACAAUUGCAGAAAAUGAUGCAAAGUUAGCAAAUGAAAAGGCUAAAAAGGCAGCUGAAAUAGCAGAGCAUAUUGUAAAUAUAUAUGAAGCGAAAAAGCAAGCAGAGAAAGCACAAAAAUUAGCAGAAUCUGUAAAUAGGGAAAUUGUAGAAUUAUCAAAGAGAUGUAAAAAAGAAAAGGUAACUGAAGCAAAACAAUCUCCAACCGAACCAGAAAAAUCUGCAUCGCAGAAAGCAGAAACGGCAGAAAUUAAAGUAGAAGAAAUUGUAAAGGAUGCACAGAAUAAACAAAACAAAGCAUCUACCCAAUCACCAAGGAACGAGCAACCAAGGGACAUCGUAAGUACUAUGAAAUCAAUUGUAACUGCAGUAGAAAAGGCACAAGAAACAGCAGAAAUAGCAAAAGCUAUAGCGGCACACCUAUUAGCACAAAAGGCAUCAAUAGAAGCACAAUUGUUAAAAGAAGAGGCUCAAAAACUGGCAGAAAAGAUAAAAAACUCAAACGUAACAGAUGACAAAAAGACCCAAGCUAAAGAGGCUGCCGAUAAUGCGGCAAAGGAAGCAAAGACAGCAGAAGACAUCGCAAACGGAGCAAAGACUACCGUGGAAAAUGCAAAGAAGUGUGUAGGAUUAGAAGAGAAAAAAAAAGAAUCUGCUAGUGCAAUGGACCAAGCAAAAUUCGCUAUGGAAGCAAGAGACAGGGCAGCCUUUGAAUUAUUGAAGAUGAAGGAACAGGAUGUACUAGAAGUAGUGCAUAUAUCCUCCGAUGGAAAUGAUAAUCUAAAGGAUGUGGAUGAUCCAGUAGAUGAAGCCGUCCCAGAAGAGGAGAACGAAACGGAAGAUUCGUCACCCGAGGAAGUUGAAGAAGGGGCCGAAGAGGAAGACUUGGAAGAUGAAGAAGAGGAGGAAGAAGCAGAAGAACAGGAAAACGAAGAACCAAAAAAAGAAGAACAACCAGGACAAUCACAGGCACAGCCAGGUGAUGCCAGCUCAAAAGAAAAGGGCACAGCCAAAACACAGAAAAGCAAAGAAGUGUCAGAUGACGAGGAGGCUCAUAAAUUACUUGCAGGGGAGCAUAACACUGCUAACCAAAUCAGUAAGGAAGAAAAGGCCCUCUUCAAAACUUCGAUUGAUGAGAUCCCAGAUGAUGAUAUCCAACAUUUAAAACAACAUCUGGGUGAUUAUUUUAAAGGUAUACAACUAUGGUGA